UGCUUUCCCCUUGGUUUCCCCCCCCCCCUCCCGCCAGGCUGGUUCUGGGCACGCGGGGAGGGAGUCCUGCAGGAUGUCUGGGAGCCGGAGAGAGGAGCUGCUCGGAGCGCGGGUCAGCACCGGAAACAAAUACUCUCUUUGGGAGGCUUGAAAGAUAUGUGCGUGCACCUUGAGACUAAAAUUUCUUCAGAGGAUGGAAGCUUACCAGUAAAUCCUUAAUUAAGCAGAGAGACAGCUGCCAAGUACAAUAAACAGAAAUCAUGAAGAAACCCUGGAGUCCUAGUGCAUCCCAAGACAACGUUCCCUGUACUGCAGAUUUUUCUUGUUUGCAUGAAAGAGAAGGUGAGCCAGAAUUAACAUCUGAUGACAGCGAGGAGAAAAAAGAAAGCGAGAAGAAACAUGCCAGUUUUACUUUAUGCAAUGUAUGCAACAUUCAGUUGAACUCUCCUGCUCAGGCACAGAUCCACUACAAUGGCAAAUCACACCAGAAAAGACUAAAACAGAUCAGCAAUGGGAAUCUAAAAAAUGAUCAUGGUGGUACAUGCCAGAGCCCUGCCCUUCCAGCCCUGGUACGUCCUCCGGCUCCACCCUUGCAGCCUUCGCUGGAUCUCAAACCCUUUCUUCCGUUCCCUCUGGACACUGCGGCAGCUGUCAAUCUCUUCCCCAACUUCAAUGCAUUUCAGAACAAGAACAUGCACAUCUCUUGGCCACAGUUCUGCAACUCAGUUAUAUCCAAAAAAAUGCCAGGGCUGGCUCUGAGUAGAGAAGAUUCAAAAGAGAUGGACCCAAUUCAAAAAGCUGUAAUAAAUCAUACAUUUGGAGUUCCUCUUCACCACAGAAGAAAGCAAAUCAUAUCAUGCAACAUCUGCCAAUUAAGAUUUAAUUCCGAUAGCCAGGCUGCGGCCCACUACAAAGGCACUAAACAUGCCAAGAAGCUCAAAGCACUGGAAGCCAUGAAAAAUAAGCAGAAAUCUGUUACUACCAAGGACAGCGCAAAGACUACCUUCACUUCCAUCACUACCAAUACCAUCAAUACCAGCUCUGACAAAACAGCAGACCCGGCAAAAGAGGCACCAGCAAUAUCAACAACCACAAUGGUUGAAAUUCGGAAGAGCAGUGUCAUGACAACUGAAAUCACCUCUAAAGUAGAGAAACUCCCCACAACAGCCACUAGCAGCAACACAUGCACCUUGGGAGAGACAGAGGAAGAGAAGGCCAAGCGGCUCCUUUAUUGUUCACUAUGCAAGGUUGCAGUCAACUCUGCCUCACAGUUGGAGGCGCACAACAGUGGCACAAAGCACAAAACUAUGCUAGAAGCUCGAAAUGGAAGUGGAACGAUCAAAGCCUUUCCCCGGGCAGGUGUGAAAGGGAAAGGACCCAUAAAUAAAGGAAACACAGGACUUCAGAACAAAACAUUUCACUGUGAAAUUUGUGAUGUGCAUGUCAACUCUGAGACACAACUUAAACAGCACAUAAGCAGUAGAAGGCACAAAGAUAGAGCUGCUGGGAAGCCCCCAAAACCCAAAUACAGUCCUUACAACAAAAUCCAGAAGGGAACGCACCCACUUGGGGUAAAACUUGUAUUUUCAAAGGAACCUUCAAAGCCAAUGGCUCCACGGAUCCUACCAAACCCACUGGCUGCUGCCGCUGCAGCUGCUGCUGUGGCUGUAAAUUCCCCCUUCAGUCUUCGAACGGCCCCAACAGCAACCCUCUUUCAGACAUCAGCACUUCCUCCGGCACUUCUUCGACCGGCCCCUGGGCCUAUACGGACCACCCACACACCUGUCCUCUUUGCCCCAUACUGAAUUCCAUGGAGGAAUUAACUGUACUGCAAUAAUUUUUCAGAGCAAGAGCAAAACAAGAACAAUGAACUAUGCAGUGUUAAUUUAUAGUUUAAGAGAUAUAUAUAUAUUAAAAAUAUGAAGAAACCAGAACAAAUUCUAAAGAGGACAAACAAGUCAACAUUUUCUUCAGAUGAGAAGUCCUCUUGAAUACUGAGAGUUCUUGCAACAUGGGUUCAUAGCUAUAAAUAUAUAUAUAUCUAUAUAUUUUAAAAAUGUAUGAAAUCGUUUUGACUGUGCUUUUCGGCACAUAUCUCUCCUGCAAUGGCAUUUUUGCUUAUGAAACAACUAAACAGAAUUGUCUAAAGGGCAUUAACUGGCUCCAAUGUACAUAAAAUACUUAAUUCUGUAGAAUAAAGGGAGAGGGGGAAAUCAAACACUGUGAAUAGUAGUAACUCUUACCAAUGCUCCUGCCAAGUCAACAUUUCCUGGAUAUUUAUGAGUAAAAAGUAGAUGCAAUAGCUGUCUUGUUAAACACUAGUAUUGUGUCUCUAUGUAUGCCACCAGGUUCAUAAACUGAGGAGACAUUAAUCCACCAUCUCUUUGAUAAGCCAUCGCAAUGACCAUAAGUCUAGGCAGUAUCCUAGACCCAUUUUUCCUGAGAAAUAAGUCAGAUGAAUCUAACAGCACCUACGUCUGAGUGAAGGUGCAUAAAGUUGCAGUAUUAGUCUCUCUGCUGUUUUAAAAUGGAGUGAUCAAUAGCAUUUUGGAAGAGAAAUUAAGAAAGGAAUAAUUUCAUUGCAAGUACUAAAUAAACAGCAUUGGAACUGAAGAGAACGUCUUCAAGCAAGGUGGGACUUUUGGACUACUUUCAGGACUAUUUUUUGAACUCCAGCUCCUCGAAUGCCACAGUUGAGGGAUUCAGAGAGUGGGAGCCUUUAAAAUGUAGCAUUCUAAGCUCUGCUGUUCCAUUCUCUCCAAGCUGUAACCCCUCUACCCUAUCCACUUGCCUUGUCACAAGCCGCUUUCAAUAUUUCCCUGAAUUUUGAAAUGUAUCCUUUAGUGUUAUUCAUAAGGAUGGAAGACUUAUUGCUAAGACAGAAAGGAAAGGUUCAGCCAUUUAUGUAGGUUCUUAUAUUCUUCUCUAGAUUAGGGCUUGUUGUCACAGCAUCUGAAAACAGACAGUGGCCUCAAUAUGGUUUGAGCUAAAGGAGACCCACUAAAUCAGUUGCUGAAUAGUAAGUCAACUGAGAUCCUUUUGAUAUAGUUGGUGUAUUGUAACUCAAACUAGAAAUUGUAUUUAGAGUAUUGUGUGCAAAUCCCAAAGGGGUAAUAACAGACUUUGGCUCUAUAGACCUUGGUUUGGAUAGCAGCAACCAACGGUGCCAUCAGCAGGAGAAUCCAGACCUUGCUUUCAAACUAAGGUAGACUAUGAUUCUUAGUAAAAACUGCAAUGGGAUAGUGUGCAUGUCUGCUAUGACUCUAGUCAGGUAUAUAGAUUAGGCACCAUGGAUCCAAUAUGAACAUGUAAUGGUCUCCGGUAAAUGUGUGGGAUCUCAAAAGGUCAUGUGUCUUGAUGACAGCCAAUUCCUGAAAAUGUUACCAGCAUGUACCAUGCUAGCUAUGGGCUUGCUCUAAAAAUGUUACCUUUCCCAAGCUCUCUUCCCAUCUCACCAUCUACUACCUCACCAUCUACCAUCACCAUCUACGGAGCCCCCAGUGGCACAGUGGGUUAAACCCCUGUGCCGGCAGGACUGAAGACUGACAGGUCGCAGGUUUGAAUCCGGGGAGAGGCAGAUGAGCUCCCUCUAUCAGCUCCAGCUACUCAUACGGGGACAUGAGAGAAGCCUCCCACAAGGAUGAUAAAAACAUCAAAAAUCAUCCAGGCAUCCCCUGGGCAACGUCCUUGCAGAUGGCCAAUUCUCUCACACCAUAAGCGACUUGCAGUUUCUCAAGUCGCUCCUGACACAACAAAAAAAAAACACAACCUGUUUUGAUGUCAUAGCUUUCCACCACAAUGUGGGGGUGUUAUAAUUUGAUGAAUCAGUGAAAAUUUUUUGUUGAGAAUCUUUGGUCUUCAUUGACCAAACCAGAAUCCUAGGCUAUUGUGGGGAAAAGAAAUGAAAGUGAAAUCCAUUUAAAAUAGUUUAAGAUAUCAAUUCCCUGAUAUGUAAUAUGGAAGUUAUAUACUAUAUAUUUCGGCAGCUAGUAAUCACUUGCAAAGACCUGUGUCAAUUAAGGACUGGAGUGGGUAAAGUUCAAGUUUGAGAUCAUACAUAGCUCCCAAAGUUUGUUUGCUAACUACUUGUUUGGUAGUACAUAGACCAAUGGUGUAUCAUGCGGUGGAUUAUUUUUUUUUGUCAUGUCAGGAGCGACUUGAGAAACUGUAAGUCGCUUCUGGUGUGAGAAAAUUGGCCUUCUGCAAGGACGUUGCCCAGGGGAUGCCCAAAUGAGUUGAUGUUAUAAUUUGAUGAAUCAGUGAAAUUUUUCUGUUGAGAAUCUUUGGUCUUCAUUGACCAAACCUGAAUCCUAGGCUAUUGUGGGAUGCAGUGAAUGCUAAGGAUGGGCAAAAAUACUAUAGAUCUUGAUCUGAGUUCUGAAAGCAUAUCUAUUUGAACAAUUCCAUGCUGUAUGGGGGAUUUGGGAAUCUGUAUUCUUAAAAAGUAUUUUUGCUAACUUUGUUGGUGUUCAACUACAACAAAGGGGCCCACUUAAGAUUUGUAAUGUACUUCAUUUUAUAUCACAAGAGUAGAAGCAUUACAGGACAAGGAAGACACAUUUCUUGGGAGGUUGUGUAGGAAGGGUGCACAUUGCUACUAGUGCUAUGAUAGAAUUUAAAGAUACGCAAGAUGAGUCAUAUGAGUGCAGCACACACACUUUAUAAUCUCUUUAAGGACUUCGGUUCACUGUGAGGUUUAAAAAAUGAAUUGUUGAUCUAUAAAGCUUUAUUGUACAUACAGUAGAGUUAAAAUAAUUUAUAUAAAAAUUAUAAGUAUAUAUAUAUUAUGCAUAUAUAUAUAUAUAUAUAUAUAUAUAUAUAUCCCUUCAGUUUUAAAUAUGGUUCAUAAAGUGGAUGGCAACAAACAGCAGAGAGGAUGAAAAUGAAAGGUACAUUUUCAGAUUCUCUGAUAUUUGCUGCUGACAUUUUUUUUUGCCAGAAAGAGAGCUAGAAGAUAUUAUAAUAAGCCAAGGUUUGCUCAGCCAUAUUCAGCCAUACUAAGAGACAGCAGCAUUGCCUGCAAGUAGAUUUUAGCUAUAAAAAAGUAACCAUAUUUCAAGUGAAGUGGGAAGCAGGAGCUUAAACAAAAUUUUGAAAAAUGGAAGUGAUACGAAACAUUGGCCAUAGAUUUGCUAAAUUCAUGUGUCUUUUUCUUAAGUUAGCAUUUGGAGUUUAUUAUACUUACAGUGCUUUUCCAAAGAGUUAUUCAUGGCUGGUUUGAUUUCAUUUUUUUGAGAAUGUGUAUGCAAGUGUGCCCAUACACAUUCAUUUGUUUAUAUACAUAAUUAUAAAAUAAAAGCAGGAAGGGGAAAAAUUGAUGCUACAAAAAUAAAGAUUUGAAUCCAAACUUGUCCGUCCAUGAUCGCAAAUUUUGCUUCUAGAAAGGUCCCUCCUUUUUUGUGGCUUGGAUCCAGCGUAGAUUCCCGUGAAAGGCAGUGGUGUAGAGCAAAGUUUUUCAGCCAUUAUCCCAUAAACAACCCCUGACAUACUAUCUUUCCCAUUGUUAUAAAGGGUAUCCUGAUGCUGCAAAGCAGAAUUUUGUAUGGUAUAUGGCAAGGUGGGUAAAUCACAGUGCGGAAGUCAUGUGUAGGUCUGAAAUCUAUUGUUUUGGCACUCCACCCCCAUAUCCACAUUGAUUCUUUUUUCUAUCAAAAAAAACAAACAAACAAACUAACCCAACUCUACAGAUACAAUACAAUAUAAUACAAAACUUACAGUCAGCGGGGCACAAGCGCCCUGGGAAGGGGAAACACAUUUCCCCAGUGAGGCAGUUAUUAAAAAACAAAUUAGAAAAACAGUUUAAAAUCACCAUUUUAAAACACAGGUUAACUCUACAGGUAGUCUAUGUGGACCCUGGAGUGGCCCGGGAGGGGAAAAAAAUCCCUUGACUAGCUGUUGUUCCAACCCCUAGCAAUGGAUUAUAGGAAAAGGGACUAUCACUACUUAGAAAGUGUGAAUGGAAUUCAACUCAGAAAAUUCUGGAUCCUGCUGAAAAUAUGCCUCCAAAUCCGAAGAGUCACAUUUGUCAAUUAUGUGUUACUUUUAAAAGAUUGCUCUUAAUUAAUUAUUCUGAAAUAUUGUAUCCAUGUUACUUGCAAAUAUUUGUGCCUUGAAAUUAAAGCACCCCCCCCCCCCAGCCACUAUUGGCUAUUUCAGUCUUAAACCAGAGGCAGGACUUGCUGUGUGUAUAUGAUUUUGAUGUUCUUUCAUUAGGCAAAUUGCUCGAGACCUUUAAUAAUAUGAGUCUAAAGCUAAAUUUCAACAUUCAUACUCCAAGAUACUGAAAAUUCGUUAGUUCCAGGCUGAUAAGCAGAUUUAUUCCAAAACACUGGGACUUUGCAAUAGCACUUUUGUAAGCAAAACUGCUAGACUGCCUUUGAAAUGAGCACUAGUGCCCCUUUCUGACUGCAUUAAUUAUGCCAAUAGCGAACAUCAAUACAAAAUAAAACCUUAAGGUAUAACCUUAAAGCCUCAGCAUAUAGUGUCUUUUGCUGAAUUGCUACUGACCAUAACCUUUCCACAUGGUGCUUUCUUUGGCUAUAAUGUAAAGAGAAAAUCAAAAUUUCCCCAUUUUGAUUUUUCUCAUCAUUUCCAGCAGCCAGUGAGAACAUGGAGUGAGAGGGACUACUGACAUAACUGCAGGGGGGAGAUACAUAAUAUUGUGAGUCAAAGGAUGAUUUCUAUAUGUAUUGAGACUAUUGUUGGUGGUAUCUCCAUGGCAACUGUAAGAUCUGCUCCAGGAAUCUGUUUUAUCUUUUCAUAAUGUAGAUGCAAUAUGGGUGAUGUCCUCAGAUCUCUGGCACAUACAUGCUAGUGGUGUAUCUUUAUGGGCCCAUAGGCCUUUCUUUGUGGUCAGACCCAAGCCAUAAAAUAUUAGGGGUGAUCCAAAAUCAGGAUGUCCUGGAAAGACCUUUUUGCAGAUGAAAUAAUAUGCAGAAAUGCAAAUGUGAUGAAGACAUGUGUGAGCUUCUAGGAUGUGGAGAUGUGCUACCACCCUGUCAAAAUGCUAAUGAAUAAAUUUGUUCUGACAAAUGUGUCUUGUGACAUGUAUGGAGGCACAGUACAAAUGGCACAGAUGUUUUUCCUACUCUUUCCAUCAGCCAGUCCAUACUCUCUUCAGUUGUUUGAAACUUCUUACUUUCUUUCUUUGGCAUUUCCACUGCUGUAUGCAAACAUUUCUCUCUCACCUACAAGUCUCUCCUAGACUUCAGCUGUAAGCAACAAACAAUCCUUUUUAUGUCUCUUAUUCACUACCUAAUAAAGGAUGAAGCCUAAAUGUUAAGAA